GAAGGGUGCUACAGAACGUGGAACAUGGAAAGAGUCAACAAACCCUCAAGAAAUAUACAGAAUAAACGCCAUUUUCCUUUCAUUAGCUUAUUAUUCACUGUACAGAUCAAACUCUUCAAUGAAACAUAAAUUAUCCUUUUAUUAUCUUAAAUGACUCAAACAACUACAAUAUUUCCAUCGGUAUAGGUCCUCUGAUGUUCAUUAGCCCUGUGCCAUAUAGAGCAGUUGGAACUCUGGGUAGUCCACCGUGGAUGCGAAUUUGAUGCAGGUACGCAUAGCACACCAUCACUGAGGUCAAAAAAAUCAUUCCAUUGUGCGCGUAUUUAUUCCUUAUAUAGUGAACAAUUUAUGGGGUUGUUGUUUUUUAUGAGAAUUAGUAAUUUUGGCACAUACUAGGUCACCAGAGGUCUUCAUGUUUGCUAAAGAAAUUACGGCUUGAAUCAACACGGAAUGGAAAGUUCAUGACUCAAGAAAUCAUAGAAGAAAAGCAAGACGCGCACUCGAAAGUGUUAUGACAUAAACACGUCUCUCAUGGAAAUAUUUACACAAUGUCUAAAUAAAUACAUCAAUGAUGGAACAACAUAUGCUUGUUGUUCAGGAAUGUAGUGCUCUGAAGAAGAGAUACAUGAUGCUUGGGACAAUAUUUGACGUUAGCACCAGUAACCAGAUAAAGGGGAAAUGACUCACAUCAGUCAAAAGUAAUGAAGAAUCACCGACCUUUUUGUUCGCACUAGUUCUGGUGUUGCCUGUAGUUAACUGCAACACUAAGACACUUCUUGAAUGUUGUAAUGUUUUAGAUUUGAUGACAAAGGUUGCCUUCCGAAAGGUCUAUCCGUAAGAGUUGUGACAUCAGUGUUUGUGCAUCAAUCCCUUGUGUGCUACAUCCCCAAGUGGGGAUGCGGUAUGCAUUUUUAUGUCACUUACUAAAUAUAUUUUUUUCCAACUCUUGUGUACUUUGAAAUAUUGAUACUGAAAUUCUUUACAAAAAAAAAUAUUAGACGUACGACUCCCGAUAAUUUUAUUUAUCAUUCAUUGUUGUCCUAACCCUAUUAGACGAAGUGCAUCUACAGGCAUAGCAAACACAUAAAAAAGGUAUUCUUAUUAGGUCUUACGACGUGUGUCGAUGUCUUUGGCCUCGGAGCGGUUAGACACCACGCGGGAACUCGUUCCCCUGCGUCGUUAUGUCUGCCUCCCUGGGGACCCGGUGUUGGCGGUGCGCCCAGGCGCCAUAGUCGCGAUUGAAGGAAACCUAAGGUGCCUGAACGAGCCUUUCCAUCCGGAGCCCGAACGCAUUUUGGUCUCGGAAAUCUGCGCCGCAGUGGAUCGCCGGUCCUACCCAUCCCAUCCCCACAUACCUUGCUAUUCCAUCCAGUCCCCUGCCGCGCGUCGGUACGUAUGGAAGGAGGGGGACCCUGUCGUAGCGACCAUCCUGCGCCGGGUGGGAUCCCAAGGCUAUCAAUGCCAUAUUGAUGGCCAUUACGUGGCCUAUCUCGAUGCCCUGGCCUUUGACGGGGCCACAAAGAAAAGCCGACCACGGCUAGAGGAAGGGGACAUUGUCUACGCCUACGUCCACAACCGCAUGUCGGACGAAGGGAAGGGUGCGGCCCGGGUGGAGAACCUUUCCGAGGUGCAGCUAUCCUGUGCGGCAGCCGAAGUGGGGCUCAUUCCGAAUGACUGGACGACAGGAAAAAGCGUCUUUGGUCAACUGCGAGGCGGACGUGUCCUGACGCUGCCGCUGCCCUACGUCCAUGGCCUCAUGACGGCACCCCCUGUAGACUCAAUCCCUGCCUCACACCUCAUCUCGGCUAUCGGGGCACGAGUCCCAUUUGAGAUCUGCACAGGGGCUAAUGGACGGGUGUGGGUGAAGGGGCUCCCAAGUGAAGUGGACCCAACAGCGGAGACACGCCGCACGGUGGCGGUUUGCGCCUGUCUGACGGAAGCCCAAUACGAUAAUACGCGAGAAGAAAUCGAUGCGCGUGUUGAGGCCUUUUUCCCAGCCUCCGAUUCUAAAUGA